AUGGUAAACAAAACGUUCAUUUUGGAAACAUGCAAGAAAGCAAAAACACAGAGAGAGAGAGAGGAGAGAGAGGAGAGAGAGAGGCUGCAAAACCCAAAUGAUGCAAACCCGAGAAGAAAGGUUUGGAAAUUGAGGCAAAUGUCUACAAUGCUGCCCAGCUCGAGGCAAUCCUUCUCCUUCUUCUGCAACUCCUACUCUUCUUCUUCUUCUUCAUUCUCUGUUUUUCUCUGUCUCACACUAUUUUUUAUCUACACACCUCCCUUUGUCUUUGCCACAAACAAUGAAGCUUCUCUUCUCUUCUCUUGGCUCCACUCUUCUACUUCACCACCACCUUCUUUCUUUUCUAACUGGAAUAUCCUUGAUUCUAAUCCGUGCAACUGGUCCUCCAUAACAUGCUCUCCAAAAGGCCUUGUCACAGAAAUCACAAUCCAAUCUGUCCCUCUGGAACUUCCAUUUCCAUCCAAUCUCUCUUCCUUUGUCUCCCUUCACAAACUUGUCAUUUCUGGUGUCAAUCUCACUGGAACCAUCCCCACUGACAUUGGUUACUACACUGAGCUACAAGUCAUUGACCUCAGCUCAAAUUCUCUAGUGGGUUCCAUCCCUGCAAGCAUUGGGAAGCUUCAAAAUCUCCAAGACUUGAUUUUGAACUCCAAUCAGCUCACUGGGAAAAUCCCAGUUGAGCUAAGCACCUGUGUUGGCCUGAAAAACCUUGUGCUUUUCGAUAAUCAACUAACUGGGUCUAUUCCAUCAGAACUUGGGAAGCUUACAAGUCUUGAAGUGCUCAGAGCAGGAGGGAACAAAUACAUUAGUGGGAGAAUCCCAGAGGAGCUUGGAGGCUGCAGCAAUUUGACUGUUUUGGGGUUGGCUGAUACCCAAGUUUCAGGCUCUUUGCCUGCCUCAUUCGGUAGGCUUAGCAAGCUUCAGACACUGUCCAUAUAUACCACUAUGAUCUCUGGUGAAAUUCCUCCUGAAAUAGGUAACUGUUCUGAGCUUGUCAACUUGUUUCUUUAUGAAAAUAGUUUGUCUGGUUCAAUUCCGCCAGAGCUUGGUAAGCUGCAGAAGCUGGAUCAAUUAAUGUUGUGGCAGAAUAGUCUUGUUGGGGUAAUCCCUGAAGAGAUUGGGAAUUGUAGUAGCUUGAGGAUGAUUGAUCUUUCUCUAAAUUCUCUAUCUGGUACCAUACCAUUAUCUUUAGGAGGGCUUUCAAAGCUUGAGGAGUUUAUGAUUAGUGACAACAAUGUCACCGGUUCGAUUCCUUCGAAUCUUUCCAAUCUUACAAACUUGAUGCAGUUGCAGCUUGAUACUAAUCAGAUCUCCGGUUUGAUUCCAUCAGAGAUUGGGAUGUUGUCAAAGAUGACUGUGUUCUUUGCUUGGGCAAACCAGCUUGAAGGAAGCAUUCCUGCAAGUUUGGCUAGUUGUAGUAAUCUCCAAGCACUAGAUUUGUCCCACAAUUCACUCACUGGUAGCAUACCUGCUGGCUUGUUUCAGCUGAAAAACCUCACUAAGGUUCUCUUGAUUUCCAAUGACAUUUCGGGUUUGAUACCACCAAGUAUUGGUAACUGCAGCUCUCUUGUUCGGCUAAGGCUUGGAGACAACAGGAUCGCUGGAGGGAUUCCUAGAGCUAUUGGAGACCUUAGGAGCUUGAACUUUCUUGAUCUAUCUGGGAAUCGCCUUUCCGGGUCAGUGCCUGAUGAGAUUGGGAGUUGCACAGAGCUACAAAUGAUAGACAUCACCAACAAUACUUUAGACGGUCCAUUGCCUAAUACAUUGUCCUCACUAUCAGGACUUCAAGUCUUGGAUGUAUCAGUUAAUCAAUUUUCUGGCCAGAUACCAGCAAGCUUGGCUCGUCUUGCUUCAUUGAACAAGCUCAUUCUAAGCAGGAAUUCGUUCUCUGGAUCAAUACCUUCAUCGCUUGGCCUGUGUUCGAGUCUGCAAUUGCUUGACCUUAGCAGCAACAAGCUCACCGGCACCAUUCCAGUGGAACUUGGUAGGAUUGAAGCCCUUGAAAUUGCUUUAAAUUUGAGCUGCAAUGGACUCUCUGGGCCCAUCCCACCUCAAAUAUCAGCACUCAACAAGCUUUCCAUACUAGACCUUUCACAUAACCAGCUUGAUGGAGAUUUGAGUCCACUUGCUGGGCUUGAAAAUCUUGUCUCUCUUAAUGUGUCUUACAAUAAGCUUACCGGCUAUCUUCCAGACAACAAACUUUUCAGACAGUUAUCACCAAUGGACUUGGCUGGAAAUGAAGGCCUUUGUUCUUCCAACCGGGACUCGUGUUUCUUGAGUGAUGUUAGCAGCACAGGACUAACAAGAAAUCAAAAUGACAUAAGGCGGUCACGGAGGCUUAAGCUCGCAAUUGCAUUGCUGAUCACCCUGACAGUUGCAAUGGUGGUUAUGGGGAUCAUUGCAGUGAUUAGAGCUCGAAGAGAUAUUAGAGACGACGAUGAUUCCGAAUUGGGGAACUCAUGGGCUUGGCAAUUUACUCCAUUCCAGAAGCUCAAUUUCUCAGUUGAGCAAGUGCUUAGAUGCUUAGUGGAUGCCAAUGUAAUAGGAAAAGGGUGUUCUGGGGUUGUUUAUCGCGCUGAUAUGGACAAUGGUGAAGUCAUUGCAGUGAAGAAGCUCUGGCCAACAACAGUUGCUGCAGACAAUGGAUGUUGUAAUGAUGAAAAAUGUGGAGUUCGCGAUUCAUUCUCAGCGGAAGUCAAAACACUUGGCUCAAUCCGUCACAAGAACAUUGUUAGAUUCCUUGGUUGUUGCUGGAACAAGCACACAAGAUUGCUCAUGUAUGAUUACAUGCCAAAUGGAAGCUUGGGAAGUAUUCUCCAUGAGAGGACAGGACAUGCCUUUGAAUGGGAAGUUAGGUACCAAAUAUUGUUGGGUGCUGCCCAAGGCAUUGCCUAUUUGCACCAUGAUUGUGUUCCUCCGAUUGUUCACAGGGAUAUCAAGGCCAAUAACAUCCUCAUUGGCCUUGAGUUUGAGCCUUAUAUUGCUGAUUUUGGCCUAGCCAAACUCGUUGACGAUGGGGAUUUUGCUCGGUCCUCCAACACAGUUGCUGGUUCUUAUGGGUACAUUGCUCCUGAAUAUGGAUACAUGAUGAAGAUCACAGAGAAGAGUGAUGUUUAUAGCUAUGGUGUUGUGGUGCUGGAAGUCUUGACAGGGAAGCAACCAAUAGAUCCAACAAUACCAGAUGGGCUACAUGUAGUGGAUUGGGUAAGACAGAAGAGGGGAAGCAUUGAAGUCCUUGACCCAAGCCUACUAUCUAGACCAGAAUCAGAGAUAGAGGAAAUGAUGCAAGCAUUAGGCAUAGCCUUGUUAUGUGUAAACUCAACCCCUGAUGAAAGACCAACUAUGAAAGAUGUGGCAGCAAUGCUAAAGGAAAUUAAACAUGAAAGGGAGGAAUAUGCCAAGGUUGAUGUGCUUCUCAAAGGAUCUCCGGCGAAUGAUGCUCGAGAAAAUAAGAACUCUACUGGAGUUUUAGCAUCAUCAUCAGCAGCAGCAAUGAAAAGCUUGUUUGGCAAAAGCAACAACUCAAGUUUUUCAGCAUCCACACUACUUUACUCAUCUUCCUCUAGUGCAAAAAUGGGUUUCAAGUAAUAAGUUAUACAGAGCAGAAGAU